GUAUGCGCAGAUCUUUUGGAAUAUUUGAUCUUGCCAGUGUCUAGAGGAAAAUUUUGGCUACAACUAAAAACUGGCCGGAUUUCUUCUUUAAUAGUUUACUGGGUUUUGCAGUUUUUCUGUUUCCUGAGAGAGAAAUGGAGCCAGUAAUGUUGGCGGGUGCCGCCGUGGUUGGCAUAGUGGCAAUUUCUUUGGUUCUUAUUGCUUUAUUCUCGUCCCGUGACGAUGAUUUCGAUGACCACGUCGCCUUGCAAAGGGCCGGACUUGAAGCCACUGUCUCAAGCCGAUCAUCUUCCAAAACCACGAAAACGAAAAAGAAGUUUGUCAAAUCCAAAAAGAAGCAUUUAGACCACGAUUCGUACAGUAGUGAGUCCGCUGAAGCUUUAGACCAGGAAAAUGCCAAAGAAUUUAAAGAUAACGCCGGCGAAGGAAAUUCUGGGAAGAAAUCCGACACAGGCGGAGAGAAGCCCAAGUCAAUUUUGAAGGAGCAAAAGAAGAAAGGAAAAAAACAAGUCGUCAAACAAGAACCUCCAACUCCAGCCGAAAGGAGAGCUCAUUUUGAAGAUGACUCUGAAAAUGUUGAAGAGGCGAUAACGUCGGAAAAAGAAGAAACUAACGCUAUUCCUAUCACAAUUGUACCGGAGCCUGUAAUCGUACAAGAAAUUACUCCCGUUACCGAAGCACAAGUCAGCUCUGAACCUCCAGCUACGAAGAAGAGCAAAAAGCAAAAAAACCCCAAGGAAAAACCUACUGCUUCAGGAGAAUUGAGUGUCCACCGUCUGCGUGAGUCAAUCAAGUCUGCGAACCUCAGUGCCUCGGAGCAGCAGGAGUUGAUUGAUGUGAUGCUGAACAAGCAGGGUGAUUCCACCCAUUGGCAGUCAACCACCAAGGGAGAUGCAACUGACCUUCUUCGCAAGCAACUUCAAGAGAAGGAGGCCCAACUUAUGGAGGAGAAGAAACAGGCACAGAAUGCUACUAACAAGCUCAGAGAAUUAAGAGAGGAAAUUCAACAAGAGAGACUAAAGCAGAAGAAUCAACAGACAAAUGCAAGUAACAAGAUUGCUUCACAGGCUAAGGAGCUACAAGCCAUGCAAGCUAGGAUAAAGGCCAGUCAUGAAAGCCACACUGGAGAAGUCCAGGCGAUGCAGACCCAACUGAGGCAAUUCCAGGAUUUAGUCAGUUCUGUCACCAUGGAGAAUGCUCAGCUUAAGAACGCCUCCAUGAGGGCCCAACAACUCAAUGCGGACAAAGAGUCAUUGACACUGGAACUGACCAAGCUACAGCAGAGCCACCGCCAGUUGAAAACAGAUCUGGCUGCACGUGUAGAGCAACUGAAGCAGGUUGAAGGGCGGCGACAGAUGCUGGAACAACAGCUAGCAGAUGUUAGUGGCAUGUCGGCAAACAAGGAUGCAGAGAUGGCCCUUAACAAGCGACUUUCUGAAGUCAAUGAAGAACUCAAGAAAGCAGAAUCCAAGAAUGCCACACUAAUUGGAGACCUCAGUUCUGCUCGUGAGUCGCUUAAAGAGAAGGAAGCCAACUGCAAAAAGCUGGAGCAACAGCUUGCUGAGGCUGUGGAUAGCAAAUCUGUUAACAGUGACUCCAUGAAGACCAUAACUGCCAAAUUGACGGAAGCAACAAACAGGGUGUCUGAGCUACAGAACAUGUUUACAUCAAUGGAGACCCAGCUCCAGAAAUCUCAGGAAAAACAGGUUGAAAAGGAUAAUCAAAUUAAGGAAUUGGAACUGAAACUGAAACUUGCUCAAGAGGACCCUACACAGAAUCAUUCCCCUGUCAACAACCAUGUUGAAGCUAGCGAGAAUGGUCAAGUUAAAAGUCCUGCUGUCUCGUUACAAAUUCAUAAUGAAUUGCUCCAAGAAAAGGAGACUGCUAUAAACAAGCUGAAUGAAGAGUUGAGCAAGAGAGACCAAGAAAUCAUUAACAUGAAAAAUCUGGUUGACCAGGAAAAGAAAAAGAACAAUGAUCUUCGCAUGAAGAACUGGAAAGCAAUGGAGGCCCUUUCUACUGCUGAACAAAAUACUCAAUCAUUAAUUACCAAAGCUGUUCUGGCAGCCAAGGCUGAUGCUGCAAAGGAGGCAUUAGCAAACAGCUGUGAUAUAAAGGAAAAAGAUGACCUCAUCUCUAAGCUACAAGAUGACUUGGACAAUCAAAAGUCUGAGCUAAAGAAACUAGAAGGAAUUGUAGAGCAACAGAAACAAAAAAAUAAUGACCUCCGUGAGAAGAACUGGAAGGCUAUGGAUGCAGUCUCAGCGGCAGAGAGGUCUGUCGGUGAAAAAGUCAAGAACGCAGUUCAAUCUGUCAAGGAGGAGCAAAGCAGAUGUAUUGAUGAGGAACGAACUUCAAUGAAGAAUUUCCUGGCCUCAUUGUACCCUGAGGUGGCUGUUGAUUCUUCUCUGGCAUUUGAUGCCUGGUUGGCAGAGUACAAAAAUAGUGUGUCUAAUUUAAGCCCUUCAUCCAAUCAGGAUGAUGAGGCUUCACAUCAAUUGGAAGAGGCGAAGCGAGAGUUGGAGCAAACACGAGAAAAAUGUGCUCACUAUAAAAAUGGUCUUGAAGAGACUGAGGCAAUGUUACGAAAGCUAGAAGCACACAUAGAAAAAGAAAUUACUACAUGGGAACAAAAAUACCAGGCAGCAGAAAAAGAACUACAAUUAGCAAAUUCAAGAUUCUCAGAUUUAGAAAGCGAUCUUGCGCAGGCCAAAUCUGCUGCUGAUACACAUCGAGAGAAAACAAAUUCACUACAAAAAGAAUUAGCAGAGGCGAAGUUAUCAGAAAGCAAAGCGCUUAGAAAGGUCUCAUCUCUUGAGGAGACCCUCUCUAAGGCACCCGCCAAUAGCAAUGCAUCUGAGAAGCUAGAACAAUUAGAAAAAGAACUCUUAGAAUCUCGAGAGAAUGAAAAGAAAUCUUCUGCCGCAGUAACAAGACUAGAAGGGCUUGAGAAAAACUUGUCAAGCAUACGGGAGGAAUUAGCCACAAAAGAGAAGGAUAUGGCCUCAACGGUUCAACAGUUGUGUGAGGUUGAGGGUAAGCUUGUGACUCGUGAGAGUGAGGUGAAGUCUCUCCGGGAGGAACUCACUAGGAUGCAGCAGGGUAGUGAAGAGUUGAAGAAGAAGAUUGCAUCGCUGGAAGAGUCACUCAUCAAGGCCAACAAUGAGAUUGGCAAAUCCCAGGAGUCCCUUGACAGCAUUCACAACAGUCCAGAAAAAGUCGACAAGAAAAAGAAGGGUCUCAAGGGGGCACUGGGCCUUGGCAAGCUGGGCGGUUCCAAGAAGGACAAAGAGAGCAAAGCUGACAAAGAGAGAGCAUUAGAGGAGUCGCAAAAGCAAAUUGAAGCAUUUAAACACGAAAUCGAGGAACUCAAGAUGCAAAACAAGAAGCUGAGUGUAUCGCUUGAAACGGAGAUGACCAGGUCGCAACAGAUCGAAAAAGAUGUCGCCGACGCCAUUGCUGACGCAGCGGCCAAGGCAGCUAAUUCGUCGGAAACCACGGCGCUAUAAUGGAAUGUCUCACGAAAUAUUUUAGCUCGGUCACAAAGAUAUUAUAGAGAUAAUAAAAAUAAUAUUAGUAAUUAAUUAUGAUACAACAAUGACAGGAUGGAAUUCCGCUCUUCAGGGUACCUGUCCAAAAAAAGUCAGAACCACUUAUUCAAGAGCAGUAGUAUACAGUCAGUGGUGGUCGUCUUAGCAAGGGUAGAGUAGGUCAGAACGUAUAUACUAUAGGCUUUUUAUUAGUUUAGGUGCCUGCAUUAGGCAGGUCUUUCGUCAGUCGCAGUUUCGACAUCCUCUUGGGAGUAAUACCAAUAUCAAUAAUAUUCUUUGCCAUUUAUCCGUUCAUAUUUACGGUUAUUUACAAAGCUUAAUAAGAAAUAAAUGUUUUUCCACAACUGAAAAUAGAUUUACAUUCCAGAGGUCUAGUUGUGUUAAUUAUUUAUUUUUUUUUAAAUUAGUUAUUGUCGUUUCAAAAAUUUAUAAUCAUCUCACUUCAAUACCCAGGAAUGUAAAAGCGACUGAGGGUAAAAUUGACUGUAUAUUUCUGCCUUGAUGUUCGUUCCGGUAGUUUUAAAAUGAAGACACAUUAACGAAAUGUAAAAAAUUUACGUGGACCAAAAAAAAAAUGCGUUGCCUCUAUAUUGAUGUGGUGCUAGAAGCCACAUGCUUCUUUGUUGGGAAUACGAAUAAUGUUAAGACCCACUGUUGUUAAAAAAAACCCACUAAACACAA